AUGAAACAAGUUGAGACAGUUGUUGUAAUAGUAGGAGCAGGACCUGCUGGGAUUGCAAUAUCAGCAUGUCUCAAUCGAUUAUCGAUACCAAAUAUCGUUCUCGAAAGGGAAGAAUGUUACGCCUCAAUGUGGCGAAAAAAGGCUUAUGAUCGUUUAAAGCUUCAUUUAGCCAAAAACUUUUGUGAACUACCUUACAUGCCAUUUCCUGUGUCCGCACCAACAUUUGUGCCAAAAGACAUGUUUGUUGAAUACCUACAUGAUUAUGUAUAUAAUUUCAACGUGAGCCCGUUGUGCCAACGCAGCGUGGAGAGUGCGUCGUAUGAUAAAGUUGUAAAGAAAUGGAUGGUGAAUGCUAGGAAUGGAGUUUCGGGUUUGGUAGAAGAGUAUGUUGCGGAGUUUCUUGUGGUGGCAACGGGCGAAAAUAGUCAAGGGUUUAUUCCUUCGGUUGUUGGUUUAGAUGGAUUUAAAGGGUGUGUCAUGCAUUCUAGUCAAUAUGAAAAUGGCAAGAAAUUUGAGGGUCAAAAUGUGCUUGUUGUUGGUGCAGGGAAUUCAGGCAUGGAAAUUGCAUACGAUUUGUGCAAUUGGGGUGCUCGAACCUCUAUUGUCGUUCGUAGCCAUGUACAUGUGCUUAGCAAGGAGAUAGUGCAACUUGGGAUGCAUUUACUAAAAUAUAUAUCGACACCUUUGGUGGACAAAAUUGUUCUAAUGUUAAGUAACUUAGUGUAUGGAGACGUCGGUAAAUAUGGAAUAAAAAGGCCAACCCAAGGACCAUUUUUCCUCAAACGAGAAACCGGGCGCUCGCCAGUCAUCGAUGUGGGUACUAUCUCAAAGAUCAAAACUGGAGAUAUAAAGGUAAUGGAGGCUAUAAAAAGCAUAGAAGGUGAUCAAAUCAAGUUUGUAGAUUGUCAAGAACAACAAUUUGACGCGAUUGUCUUUGCGACCGGUUUCAGAAGUACCGUGCACUACUGGCUUAAGGAUGAAGGGGGCUUGUUUAAUGAAAAAGGAAUGCCGAAACGUAGACGUCCAAAUCAUUGGAAAGGAGAAGAAGAUCAAGGGAUAUAUUGUGUUGGAUUUGCAAGUGCUGGAUUGUUUGGUAUCUCAAAUGAUGCAAAGAAUAUUGCUAAUCAUAUCUCCCUGCAAAUUCUUGGCCGGAACUAA